AUGGUAGAAAAAACAACUUUCAAUGCUCUCAUUCAAAUUUAUGAAAAAAGAUAUAUGGACGAAGCAUUAUAUAUGUAUGAAACUAAUAGUUAUUUUAGUUAUUAUACUCACAUAGUUGUUAGAGCGAUGGUAUUUUAUAAAAUGGAGGGCUAUCCAAAUUGGAACCUCAAAGUAAUGUUUCGUGUACACAAAUUUCACGAUGCUAUAAAAAUAAGAAAUGCUUUGAAAUUUAAUAAAAUAUAG